AUGGCUCGUGAGUCCCGUUCGCCUCUUGCGCUCGUAAGGGCUGCCCUCCUUGGCCCCAUGUUCAUCCUUGGCUGCUUGUCGAUCACAAUCACCCAGUACGUCGGCUUGAACGUUCUUCCAGAUGCAGAACUCAUCCAGGGCAUGAUCAACUUGACCAAAACUCAAUUUGUGGUGCUUCUUACCUUCAUCACGUCCCACAUCAACCCCUCCAAGUUGGCUGUCACCUUCGACCCUAACGGCUCCGACAGGUUCAGAGCUGUGGACGGCACGUUGCUCAGCACACUCACGCCCAACUCAGUGUUGAUCUCCAACCACCAGAUCUACACGGACUGGUUCUUCCAUUGGUACCUCUCGUACACUGCACGGCUCAGCAACCUGAUGCACAUCGUGUUGAAGGACCUCUCGCACAUUCCCGUGUUGGGAUACGGCAUGAAGAACUUCAACUUCUUGUUCUUGUCGAGAAAGUGGGAAAAAGACAAGGUGUUGUUGACCAACCAGUUGUUGACAAUGGACGCCAACGCCAGGGGCUUGGGUCCGGCAAACAACGUCAAGCAUGUGGCGUCGACCAACAUCAGAUCGUCUCCCAGCGCUCCCGAUGUCGUACACUGGCCCCAGGGUGAAAAUUCGAACAAAGUUUGGCCCUACCAGUUAAUCUUGUACCCCGAAGGCACCGUUCCUUCUGACCGCACCAAGGGCCGCUCCAAAGCUUACACCGCAGAGAGAAACCUCCCUCCAUUGGACCACGUCCUUUUGCCUAGAAUCAGAGGGUUAUUUUUGACGUUGAGAAAAUUGCGCAACACCGCAGAAGUGGUCUACGACCUCACCACAGGCUACAGCCAGUUGAAGCCUGAUGAAUACGGCGAGCUCGUGUUCUCGCUCAAGCGGUUCUACCUUCUCGGUAAAGGCCCUUCCCAGGUCAAUAUCUUUGUCAAGUCGUGGAAAGUCAGUGAAAUCCCCCUUGGAGACGAAACCGUCGAUAUCGACGAUGCCAAAGAGGAGGACUUGAAGAAAUUCGAGGACUGGUUGGUUGCUAGAUGGUAUGAAAAAGACAGGUUGUUGGAUACCUUCUACAAAACAGGAUCUUUUGGUGUCCAGGGCACUGAGACCGUUGUUGCUGAUAUCAAGCUUGGAAGCCAGUUAGAAAUCUUUCCUGUAUUUGUGCCGCUUUUAAUACUCGCAUUGUUGUUGAGAGCAGCCUGGGUUCUUUUGUGGAAAUUGGUCUAG